AUGGGGAAUGUCCCUUCAGCACUCGAGGAGCCGAGAAGCCCAUGUCGCCCCCGAAGGCGUCUCUCGAAGCAUCAGGCCGUCAUCAACUGGGUGCAGGUGGUGGGUGAAAACGACUACCAUGUUCAUGAUGCGCCGACGACGCCACGAAGUGGUGCUGGCUACCGCGGCCUCGACGAAGCGAUCCCGACGGUACCAAGUCUCGCGUCGAUGCAGGGCCAGGGCCCGUCGCGCAUUCAUGAACCACCCAACAAGGGAAAUUUGACCCUUGCUCGCGGCCAGCAUCUCUCAGCCGCAACUGGUGGACACAAGAGUCGACCCAGCCGCCACAGCACGGACGCAUUCCACCCACUUCGGAGCGCUCCCGUGUCAGGGAGCGCUCGGGCGGCCAGCAUGAAGGAGGGUGACGCGCCGGGAAAUGACGUGGAAAAAAACAAGCUGGACGAGCAGUCUUUUUCGUCGCCUCCCGACCUGAGCAGUUCAUCGUCGACUGAAUCCGGGCGAACUCUGUCCUCAGACUCGGACGCCAGUCGAGAGUCGCCUCAUUACAUCCCGUAUCGGCGCCGCUCCCUGCAACAAAUACCCGGCCUCGCCACGCGGCCCGGAAAGGAAGAGAUCCGCCGCCGAAACCUGCCAACGUCGCCGCCACAUCACCCUUACUCUCCCCCCGACCAGGCUAAGGACAGAGGCGAUCCUGCUUCUUCUCUCACCACCACCACCCCCACCCCUGUCCUUGUCCUGAACGACGACGCCAAUGACCUCGGCAACGCUUCCGAGGUGGAUUACAGGCAACUUGGAAGUAUAAAAUUUGGCUCCCUCCGUAUAACAAAUGGCUCGCCCCUUUCAAUGCGGAGAGGUGAAGAAACCAGUGCCGACCAAUUGGUGGAUCUCGACGGCGACAUGAAUGUGAAUCAGGGCUCGUCGAGUGAUGCCACCAACGCACAUCUUAUCUUGCCAUCGGAGCCCCCUCCCAUCAAACAUUUCUCUCCUGCCAAUUCAAACUGGUCCCCAGAGAAGCCUCUCAACAACAUGCACGUCAGCGAGGCCGUUCGAGGGCGGCAGGGCCGAAUGUCGAGCGACACUCCUCGGCCUUCGGUGGAAACAAUACGCAAUAGAAUAUCAUCUGUCAUCGAAGUCAUUGGCGAUGAGCAAUUGAACCUGGUUAGACGACCACGAAGCACACUAGUGACGACAGACGACAGCUCCAGUAUAUAUUCGGAUAACCUCAUUCCUGUUAUGAUUUCCGACGACAUCGCGGCUGAACAGAACUAUAUUCAUACCGACAACAGCAAUGGGCCGCAUUUAUCUUUUCAAUCCUUUCGAGAUCUUAUUCGACAAAAUAGAGUCAAGAGUUAUCUGCAGGCAAAUAACAAAGCGGCAAUCAUCAGCAAGCCCUCGCAUUCAAGAUCAGCAUCUAAAGAAGACGCCUCUUCUAUAGCUUCGGUGGCAAUGAGCCCGGUAAAAUCACGCCGCAAGCUGGCCAAGAAGAACCAUGGUCCCGCGCCGCCCUCAGCACCAUUGCUAUCCAGCGCGAAUACUCAUGAUCCCCAGACUGCGCAGCAUCGGCCACGAACAUCUAGUGGCUAUAUUGCUGGCGAACCUAGGAAACGUCAUGUCGGGAGUCAUUCGGAUAGCCAAGUACCUCGCAUGCGCUCUUCCAGUCUUGAAAAGGUUGCUGUGCCUCGUACCCAUCGUCAACCGGAGCCUAUACUCCGCAAUCGCCAGGAGUCUUAUCAGACGACCACAGAGCAUGUGCCGAUACUUCUUGAUAGAGCGAGAGCGACGUCGAGACCGCAUGUCAAUUUCGAAGGGGAUUUGCCCAAGCAAAAGUAUAGACCAGCCAGAGUCGAACAACUGCGGCGGUCUCAAACAGCGCAGUUUAAGCCUCUGCCCACACCAAAGCCCGAGUUGCCGCAAAGGCGAAAACCGGUCAGGGUUUCUGCACCGCCACCCAUUGUAUUUGGGACCCAAGUUUCUCAGGAGAGCCCCGUUGAGGGGCGAAGUACACAGAGCUUGUAUCCCCCUAUGCCGUCGCAGGUCCAGUCUGAUAGGAUGCCUCUCGAGGGCCGGCAGUACAUGCGAACCCGCGCCGCCGACGACGACACCCCCAAGCUACGCUUGUUCUUCCCCGAUAAUGACAGCCCGUAUGUAUCGCCGCUGAGCGACGACGGCGAAGACUUCUGGCCCCUCGACGCGGAUUUUCAGCCCCGCGAGGUAUCGCCGAUACGCCAAGCAAAAUCGCUGUCCAACAUUCGCAGCGGCGGCGACGAUGAUGAGCGCGAGACUCGCUCGCCCGCGCCGCCACUGGUCAACACGCCCAGCCGCCGCGCGCAGGAGCUAGCUGAGCGGUGGCAGCAGCAGCAGCAGCAGAGUAAGCAAGUGCAGCAGCAAUCGCGCAGGCCGUCGCUGGAGCCGCAGCAGACUCGACCUCCGGCCUUUGACGAGCAAGCUUCCACCGAUCGUCCGACGACGGCGAGCGCAAUCGACGAGUAUUACGGCUCGCCGCUUCUUCUUGUCAAGCGGGACAGCAGCCUCCCGCCAAUGGUCUAUCGCAACGGGACGCGCAGAGGCGCCGAGAUUUCUUCGGCAGUGUGGCGGCCGCCGUAUCGCGUCUUGCAUAGCUACUAUUCGCCAGCAUAUAGCAACGCGCCAAUAUGGGGGUAA